AUGUAUCCGUUUCCGGUACCGAACCUGACGAAUGAUAUUUUUCUCAUUUUCGGAAGAAGCAGCAAAAAAGUCUCCACAGACCUGGAACCCAGCUCCAUAGAACCCACAGGACGGCUCUAUGAACACGAACCCUUGCCCGAUCUGAGCGAGGAAGAAACCAAAAAGUGGACCAAAAAUGACCAAGAAAUCGAGAUUGUGUGGAGGAACGUUUUGCUGUUCCUCAGCCUUCAUUUGUCGGCACCCAUCGGCCUGGUCAUGACUGUGACUCAUGCCAAGCUGGCGACAACAUUUUUUGCCAUUAAUCUGAUGUUCUGGUCUGGGUUUGGAGUGACAGCUGGGGCCCACAGACUCUGGGCACACAGAGCGUACAAAGCUAAGUUGCCCCUUCGGAUACUUCUCAUCAUCCUCAACACAAUUGCUUUCCAA